CAGCACCCAGGCGGUUGUGAUAAUGGACAAAGUCCCCACGUCACAUGCAUCUCUUCCCGUCCGUCGGUCGCUGGUCUGCCUCUCGGCUCGAGCACCGUUUGAACUUUCGAAGGGGGCCCUUCGCGCGGGGCUGCCGCGCGCGCGAGAGCGCCGGAAGCCGAGCAGCGCGGUGGGUGUCGGCCGCGCGCCUCGCCUGCGGCCCCUGCGGACGCUGGGGGAGCCAAGGAUGGCUUCCCCAGGCGGAGGCGCCGCGCCCGUUCCGCGCAGGUCGUCGGACCCCACGCGGCCGCUCUCUCCAGCCAGGGGCGGCAGCAAGGAAGCCUCGCACAUGCACAAGAGCCAGUCGUCGCACAUGAUGCCGAGCACGCUGGCCGACCUGCGCGUCGACCCGACCGCGUUCGUGGCCUCGCAGGCGCACCUGCUGGAGCCCACCAAGCACAACCCCCUCCCCACCCUGACGCCGCCGCCCAUCGCCGGGCUCGCGGCGCACCACCUGGCCAAACGCCAGGUGGCUGUAUUUCUGGGCCUCCCGCUGCGCGGCAAGGGCUGGAUGGCUCUGCGGCUAGAGCACUACCUGCGCUUCUUCCACGGGGCCAUCAUCGGGCUCUUCGACGUCAGCCACUACGUCAGCCAGGGGCAGCUCCUCGAGGUCGGGGCGAGGACGCCGACCUGCCCGUCGGGCGACGCGCAGCUGCUGGCGGACCUGGAGGACUUCUUCGAGAAGUCGUCCCGCGACAGGUGCUGGGACGGGCACGGUCACUCCUGCGAGGAGGACGUGGCUUCUGAUGGGCAGCACAGGCGGAAACACGUGGACUCCGGGGGAUUCGCGAUCAUCUACCCUUCGAAGACAGUGUCGGCCCUGCCGUCGAUGUGGAGCGCGAGCUCCAAGUGGCCUCGCCGCUGGAUCAAGCAGACUCUGGAGUCGCAGGUUCGGGUGGGCGCGGCUCGAGGUGCACUGCAACGACUCGACGAAGCAUCGCCGCGAGUACGUCGAGCACGUGGAGGAGGAGCGGGGCCUACCCAGAGGAAGUCUCCAGGCAGAGAUCGACGACUACGGCCUCCGCUACUGUACGAUACAGGACGACGGUACGGAGGACGACCUCAGCUACAUGAAGCUCCUGAACUUUAACCGCAAGAGCAUUGUCUGCAACAUGACGAAGAACUACAUCGGCUGCAAGGUCGCGCAGUUCCUCGGCGCAACCCACCCCUACAAGCGCACGGUCUAUCUGACCCGCCACGGCGAGAGCAAGUACAACGAGGAGAAGAAGAUCGGAGGGGAUUCGUCGCUGUCGGAGCUGGGCGCCGAGUACGCGCGACGGCUCGGCGAGUUCGCGGAUUUUGUCGUCUGCAGGCGGGCGCGGCGCUUCGCCUGCGUGUCCUGCGGUGCAGCGGACGUGGAGCGCCUGGCGCCGCUGCUGGAGGAGGUUUCCGUGGGUGAUGGCACUGCCAUACGCACUAUUGGAAAGUGGGACUGCUUCGACGAUCCGCUGCUACAGCAGGUGCAAGCUGGGCUGCACGUGGUGCGCGUGCAGCGAGCCCCCGAUGGGCCCUUCGAGCCCGCGCCCAGCUCCAAGGGCGAGCUGCUGGCGGACGUGGGCGCCGGCUGGGUGACGCUGGUCCUCGCCGAGGAGUCGACAGCCGAGGGCCCCCCCGAGCUGGCGCGGCUGUGGACGUCCUCCAUGAAGCGCACGAACGAGACGGCGGCUCACAUAAAGCACCCCGUGGUGACCACGCCAGACGGGUGCCAGUGGGUACAGAUGGCCAAGCGCGUCUAUCGCAACUUGGACGAGAUUUACGCCGGCGAGUUUGAGGGCCUAACCUACGAUCAGGUAAAGGAGCGCGAGCCCGUCGAGGCCAGCCUGCGGAAGAAGGAUAAGCUCGGCUAUCGCUACCCCAGGGGCGAGUCGUACUACGAUUUGAUCGCCAGGCUGGAAGCUCCCAUGCUCCAGCUGGAGACCAUAACCGAACCAGUUCUGAUCGUGGCGCACCAGGCCAUCCUCCGCUUGGUCUACGCCUGGCUCAAGGGGCUCCCGAGGGAGGACGUGCUCGAGCUCAACAUCCCGCUGCAUACCGUGAUUCGCAUCCGGGAUAGACGCCAGCUCCCUCUCCCACCAGCUGACCGAGAGCAGAUAUCUCCUCGGGCCGACGCAUCGCAGCAAGGAUGACGGACAGAAGCACCUCUAGCCGCCGUGCUGCCCCUUUGCUGCCGGGGCGGGAUCUCACCCGUUUGCGCGGCGUUGUGUGGGAUGCGUGGCAGAAGUAGUCUUCAUGGGUCACGCCAAA